GUUACGCUGCUGGCGAACGGGCAGUGCAGCCUCGAGUGCAUCCCCCAGAAGUCGUUCUUCAACGGGGGCCAGCCCGCGUGGCUUGUGGAGGGAAACUGGGAAGCGGACGACGACGAGAUCAUCGCCAACGUCACGAAGGCUGCCGGAACGGGAGGCACGACGACAUCAAGAUCCAGGUCAGCGGCGAAAAGGUACUGGUUUUCAGGAAGACUGAGUGCAAGUGGCAGAGGCCGCCGCCGGCAGCAGACCCCAAGAAGCUCCUCCGGGAGGAG